AGCUUGGCCAGAGCCAGGCCGGGCACACAUCACUGUGCUGGGGUGUACAUCUACACUAGACACCUUCCUGCUUCUCUCCUUCCAGAGCAGACCUCUUAGUCACCCUGAGCUCCUCAUUUCUUAAGCAGUCAUGUCUGUGACAAAAAGUACUGAGGGAGCCGUUGCUGUCAAACUGGACCUUAUGUCGCCUCCUGAAAGUGCCAAGAAGUUGGAGAACAAGGACUCUACAUUCUUGGAUGAAAGUCCUUCAGAGUCACCAGGCUUGAAGAAGACCAAGGGCAUAACAGUGAUCCAGGCCUUGAUUCACCUGGUGAAAGGCAACAUGGGCACAGGGAUCCUGGGACUAUCCCUCGCUGUGAAGAACGCGGGCAUCCUGAUGGGCCCACUCAGUCUGCUGGUGAUGGGCUUAAUCGCCUGCCACUGUAUGCACAUCCUGGUCAGGUGUGCCCAGCGUUUCUGUAAGAGGCUUAACAAGCCCUUUAUGGACUAUGGAGACACGGUGAUGCAUGGACUAGAAGCCAGCCCCAGCGCCUGGCUCCAGAACCACGCUCACUGGGGAAGGCAUAUCGUGAGCUUCUUCCUUAUUGUCACCCAACUUGGCUUCUGCUGUGUGUACAUUGUGUUUUUGGCUGAUAAUUUAAAACAGGUAGUGGAAGCUGUUAAUAGCACAACCAACAACUGCCAUUCCAAUGAGACGGUGAUUCUGACCCCCACCAUGGACUCACGAUUCUAUAUGCUCUCCUUCCUGCCCUUACUGGUGCUGCUGGUCUUCAUCCGGAACCUCAGGAUCUUGACCAUCUUCUCCAUGCUGGCCAACAUCAGCAUGCUGGUCAGCUUGGUCAUCAUCACCCAGUUCAUUACCCAGGAAAUCCCAGACCCCAGCCGGUUGCCACUGGUAGCAAGCUGGAAGACCUACCCUCUCUUCUUCGGAACAGCCAUUUUUUCUUUUGAAAGCAUUGGUGUGGUUCUGCCUCUGGAAAACCAGAUGAAGAAUGCCCGCCACUUCCCAGCCAUCCUGUCUUUGGGAAUGUCCAUCGUCACUUCCCUGUACAUCAGCAUCGCGACUCUGGGCUACUUGCGGUUUGGAGAUGACAUCAAGGCCAGCAUAAGCCUUAACCUGCCUAACUGCUGGCUGUACCAGUCUGUGAAGCUUCUCUACAUUGCCGGCAUCCUGUGCACCUAUGCCCUGCAGUUCUACGUCCCUGCAGAAAUCAUCAUCCCCUUUGCCAUCUCCCGGGUGUCAACACGCUGGGCACUGCCUCUGGAUCUGUCCAUUCGCCUCGCCAUGGUCUGCCUGACAUGCCUCCUAGCCGUCCUCAUCCCCCGCCUGGACCUGGUCAUCUCCCUGGUAGGCUCCGUGAGCAGCAGCGCCCUGGCCCUCAUCAUCCCGCCGCUCCUGGAGGUCACCACCUUCUACUCAGAGGGCAUGAGCCCCCUCACCAUCUUCAAGGACGCCCUGAUCAGCAUCCUGGGCUUCGUGGGCUUUGUGGUGGGGACCUACCAGGCCCUGGACGAGCUGCUCAAGUCAGGAGACUCUCCCCCGUUUUCCAACUCCACCACUUUUCUUCGGUGAGCCUGGCACUGUUCCUUGCCCACCAGCACCCGAUUUUUAAUGAUAUGGAUCUCUGUUUUUUUGUUUUGUUUUGUUUUUUUGAGAUGGAGUUUCACUCUUGUUGCCCAGGCUGGAGUGCAAUGGCACAAUCUCGGCUCACUGCAACUUCCACCUCCUGGGUUCAAGCAAUUCUCCUGCCUCAGCCUCCCAAAUAGCUGGGGAUUACAGGCAUGGGCCAGCACACCUGGCUAAUUUUGUAUUUUUAGUAGAGAUGGGGUUUCUCCAUAUUGGUCAGGCUGGUCUCGAACUCCCAACCUCAGGUGAUCCACCCGCCUUGGCCUCCAAAAAUGUUGGAAUUACAGGCAUAAGCCUCCUCGCCCAGCCGGAUCUCUUUUAUAUGCAUUAUCUUUAUGUCACUGCUUUGCCUUUUCUCUGGGCAAAGUCAUGGUGAAACAAGAAAGCUACAAGCUCUAAACGGUAUUUUUUUUUAAAUUUUGUUUUGUUUAUUGCUUCUUCUUUUCAUACCUCUGGCAUUCCACCACAUUGUGAGCUUUCCCUUGGAAGGCUCUGGACUCUAUCCAAGCUUAUGACAAUUCACACGGUGAAUUUCAUACCUAACCUGGAGCUAUGCAAGAAGCAGCCACCAGAGGGCCCCAAGUGGCAGCAACUGGCCGAAGAAGGUGCAGCCAGCUGAGACUGUCCAUGCUUUGGCAGACGACCAGUUUUCCCUUUUCUGGGUCUGUUCAAAACGCAAACACUAAGGGUGGGUACAUAAUCCACAAGUCAGAAAGUUGUGCACGGCUCCAGUGUUGAGAUGGGUAGGGCCAAGAUGACCAGUGUGAAUGCUCAGAUAGAAAGGAGCCAUGCGUAUUAAAUCAGGGGCAACAAACAUUUCAAACCAUUAGAUAACAUUUCCUCCCAACUCAAAGAUCCCAACAAUGAAUAGGAGGCAUGGAAGUAGAUGUGCCAAUGGGGAGGGAUGAGGGGUGAACAUGAAAAUUAUUUGAAUAGACUUUACCUCUUAAUUCUUGCAACAUGCAUUCUUGAUUACCUACUGUGUGCCAAACAAGAAUUUGUAGAAUAUUGCAAAAAUGACCAUAAAUUCCUCUUGAUAAUGUGACUUUGUAGCUGCUCCUAUGAAAAGAUGAAGUCUAUAUCUGUAUCCCUUAAAUUUUUUUGUUCGUUUGUCUGUGGGGUUUUUUGUUUUGUUUUGUUUUGUUUUUGUUUGUUUGUUUUUCUGAGAUGGAGUCUCGCUGUUGCCCAGGCUGCAGUGCAGUGGCACAAUCUCGGCUCACUGCAAUCUCCACCUCCCGGGUUCAAGCAAUACUUCUGCCUCAGCCUUCCAAGUAGCUGGGAUUGCAGGCACCUGCCACUACACCCGGCUAAUUUUUGUAUUUUUCGUAGAGGUGGGGUUUUACCAUGUUGGCCAGGCUGGUCUCAAACUCCUGACUUCAGGUGAUCCACCCGCCUCAGCCUCCCAAAAUGCUGAGAUAACAAGUGUGAGCCACCGUGCCUGGCCUCUCCCCUUUAAAUUUGAUCUUGGCCUUGUAACUUGCUUUGACCAAUGGAACAUUAGUAAAUGUGAUGCAGUCAGAGGUUUGGUAAUAACCUAUGCUUCAGGACUUACAUUGCUUGCUGCUCUAUGGAGUUGAGACCACCAAGUAAAGGAUCCUGGGCUAGCCUACCGGAGGAUCAGAGACCACGUGGAACAUAAAUGAAUCGUCCCAGUUGAGCCCUGUCCACAGAUCAAGCAGCCUGCCAACUUCCAGACACAUGAAUAAAGCCAUCCUAGACUAUAUCCAACCCCAGUCAGGCUGACACAGAUCGUAAGAAUUGUACAGAUAAUCCACAGAACUGUGAUAAAUAAUAAAGAUGUUUGUAAUUUUAAUA